AUGAUCCGAACGUCGAUCACCUGGUUAUUCGCCAGAGAUCCUUCGAAAUUAAUAAUUGUUGUUGGUAAUGGUACUUCAUCUUCAUGUAAUCAAAACAGUCUUUCAGCUGCGUUUCUCAAGGGUGGUAUCAUUGCAUUUAAUUGUGGUGGACAACUAGUGAUUGUCGCUAUCAAUAUUGAAUCACAAAUAUCAAAAGCUUUACGUGGAGGCGAUACUACCAUAAAUCUGGCUACUGGGAAUGGUGGCGCAAUCAGCUCUGACGGAAGAGGAAGAAAUAAUACGAUAUGUGGAAUCAAAUUGACGGAAAACCAAGCAAAUAAAUAUGGUGGCGCAUUUUUUCGUGUAUCAUAUAAUGGAGAUGAACAAAACAAUUUCGCUGCAGUUUUGGUAGAUAAUAAUUUCAUUACGAAAACUGAAAAUGGACUAGCCGCAGAUAGUGCCGGUGGAUUAUCUUUGGCUAAUGAGAAGCCUGUAACAUUGAACAGGGUUAAUGUUUUGGACAACAAAGCAUAUACAGGUCUAGGUGCUGCAGCAUUUAGUUUCUGUAGUACAUUAGGAACAUUUUCAAAUUCAGUCAUCACCAAUAAUAUUGUAGGUAAUCCAUGA